AUGGACACAUCCGGCCGGAAUGUCCAUUGCUGCGUAGUGCUACCAGCAGUCGUCGGACUUCAUGGGUUGGGCAGUCGUUUCUUAACUUCCCCGCCGGCAACGGGGGAUCAAAACCAGACGAAAUUUGCCAGUUGUGGAAUAAAGGCCAAUGUACUACCGGCUUGCUCUGUCGAUACGGCCGUCAACAUCGGUGUGCAAACUGCGGUCAACGCGAACAUCGAGAGCCACAGUGCAAAGCGAAAGUGCGCAGCAGUAAUUCCUAAAGAUAUCGCAACCCCGUUGAAGGCACAUGCAUUCGCCCACUUCCUUAAAGAACAUCCCGAUCAACAGUUCGUAUCAUAUUUACUGAACAUUUUACGAUAUGGCGCUGACAUUGGUUAUCGUGGUCCGAAGCGUAGUAUGCGCACACCAAAUGCAGCAUCUGCUCGUAUUUACGCAAAGCAUCUUCAGUCGCAGAUUGAUGCAGAAGUGUCGCUAACACACUCUGUCGGUCCAUUCAGCAGCCCCCCUUUUCCUACAUUUGUUAUAAAUUCGCUCGGAGUAAGACCUAAACCGGAUGGAAAAUUUCGCAUUCUCAUGGAUAUGUCCCGCCCAACCGGACACAGUGUCAAUGAUUAUAUUAGUAAAGAGGAUUAUUCCUUAGCAUUCUGCAAUGUCGACGAUGCUGUGAAUAUUCUCCUGCAACUGGGUAAAGGUGCUCUUAUGUCUAAAUUUGAUAUUCAGCAUGCGUUUCGUCUUGUGCCAGUCAGACCGGCUGACUGGUAUCUGCUUGGCUACCAAUGUAAUGGCCUUUUCUACUUCGACAUUGUUCUACCUUUCGGCUCGCGCUCUUCACCUUUUUUAUUCUGUUUAAUUUCCGAUGCAGUGCAUUGGGUGUUUGUGCAUAUGGAGCGGUUUAUCAGUCUAGCGCCGAAUGCAGAUUCCGUGCCGCAACUGGUAUCCGAAAGUGUGCUUCUAGAUCUGUACAAUUAUCACAUCAUGCAUCCUUAG